AUGUAUCCAAAGCCUGAUGAUUUUGACAUGUUGCCAAAUGAAGUUCAAAAAGCAUGGGGCGAAUGGUUAAGUCAGGUGCCUGUAUUUGGAUUUAAUUUCGAAAAAUAUGAUCUUAAGCUGAUCAAACAACACUUUGUGGAGAAAAUCACCCAAAAGGACGAAGAAGAUGAGCAAGUGAGCAGUAAUAUUUUUGUUGCACGAAAGGCGAAUAAUUAUAUGUUUUUGACAACAUCAAGGUUUAAAUUUAUUGAUAUUAAAAAUUUUCUUGCACCAGACUUGAGUUAUGGUAGGUGGUGUAAAUCACUUGAUUGUAGACUGGAGAAAUUAGUAGUUCCUUACGAGUGGUUAACGAGCUAUGAUAAGUUAAACCACGCAGGACCUGUGAAGCGCUGUGAUUUUUACAGCAGUUUCAAAAAGAAAUCCAUCUCACGCACCGAAUAUCAAAAUUUUAGAAAAAAGUUUUAUAGACGUGGCUGCGUCACGAUGAUGGAUUGUUUACGUGAGUACAAUAUUGCCGACGUUGAACACUUUAUCGAAGCAGUUGACAAAACGAGAGAGCAAUACUACGAUGAUGAAAUUGAUAUUUUAAAAGAUGCGGUGAGUAUCCCUGGAGUUUCGAUGCGAUACGUGUUAAACAAAGAAUUAGAGAAGAACCUGAAUGCGAAUUGUAUGCACCUGGUGAGCCCGGUAUACACACAUGUGAAAAAAAAGAGUGCAAGGGCAAGGCAUACAAACAAUGUUAAACAAUCAAAACUGAAUGCCUAAAAUGUUUCAAAAAUCAAUCUUGCGAUCUGCUAAAGACAGGUAUGGUAGGUGGUCCAGCGACUGUAUUUUGUAGAUACCUCAAACGUGGAAGGAAAGUAAAGAAGCUAAAAUGAUGAAGACCGAUGCCAAUAUGAUGUACCCUUCUACCCUAGUAUAUGACUUUCCAUGCAGUAAGGAAAGAUUGAUCAAAUACAAGAAUCAAAAAAAAUAAGCAAAAAAUUGAUUCAUUGACAAGACGGGUUCAAAAUGGUUCAAUAUUUGGGUUUGCGCGGGUGGAUAUUGAGGUUCCUGAAAAUCUGCGUGAAAAAUUUAGCGAAAUGGCACCACUAUUUGUUGUCGACAAGGUACCUUCUGCCCAAUUCCGGAGCACAUGAAAAAGUACCAGACAGCGACAGGUCGCAAAGUGAACAAAGAUGAAAGGAAGUCUUUAGGGAUAUUAAAAGCUGAAAAAAUAAUACUUUUUAUGACCUCUGUUAAAAUGGUACCACGAACAUGGUUUGCAAGUGACUGGCUUACACCAAUUUUUAAAAUAUAAGCGCGAUAAACCUUUUGCUUGGUUUUCCGCAGAAGUAGCUGAAGCAAGGAGGCAAGCAGAUCAAGAUCCUGAUAAAAAGAUGGCUGGUGAUACUUCAAAAUAAAAGCCAAUAAUUUUUACGGGAAAUUGAUUGAGUCAGUUGGGCGACAUUCUAAGGUAGACGAAGUUUUGAGAUGCGAAUUUUUUGAAGAUUUAGAAGAAAUUGACGAUGCCUACGAAAUAAAACAAGGCAAAAGAAAAGUGAGUAUAACACGCCCUUAUCAAUGUGGUAUAGCAGUCUAUCAAUUGGCAAAAUUGCGUAUGUUGGAAUUCUAUUAUGAUUUUAUUGACAAAUACAUAGAUCGACGCGACUUUGAAUACAUGUAUAUGGAUACGGACAGCGCAUAUUUUGUGAUCUCUAGUGAAAAUCUUCGUGAUAUCGUUAGAGCUGAGAUGCUCGAGGAUGUAAAAAACUGGCUCGUGACUGAUAAAUACUCAGAGCGAACGCCAGCACUUUUUAAGCUUGAGUUUAUUGGUAUAAAAAUAAUUGCGUUGACUGCAAAAUGUUACCUUAAGGGAAAUAAUUUUCGCGGAAAUUAAAUUUCGCGGAUUUGGCGGUUUUUGGCCAAACCGCGAAAUUUAAUUCCCGCGAAAAAUCCAAAUGUGCCUCAUCCGCGAAAUUAAAUUCCCGCGAAAUUUCGAAAACACGUUCAUCCGCGAAAUUAAAUUCCCUUUUUUUCUUUAAUUUUUAUUUUAAUUUUUUUAAUUUUAGAUACCGUAAAAUUCAGUAAAUAAACCUACCCCUCAAUUAACUAUGUUUUGUGAUUCCAUGUGAAUUUUGAACUGGAAAUACACUCGGAACUUUACGGUAUAUAUGUUAAAGUAUAAAAUUUGUGUUUUGAGACUAAAAUUUAUGAUUUGAGACUAAAAUUGGUGAUGAGUUUAACAAUGUUUAAUCAAUAACAAUGGUGGUUUCUUCAUUUUCAUUUCGUACAUUGCUUCUAUUAAAAAGGGUUCUAAUAUCAUUACAUCGUGGAGCUGGUUUUUCCUUGAUUUCUGUUUUCUUUUGCUUUUUUUUGGUGGUACAACUAUAGCAGCCUCAACAACAUCAGCUCCCUACAAAAAACUCCCGAUUAUAACUUCAUUCUUCGGCUCGCAAUAAAGUCUAGUAACGAUUUCUCUGUAUCGAUCCAUUACCAUAUGGUUCCUCACAGUGCCUGGCAUAGACACGGUCACCAUGCAAGAAAUUUCAAGUCCUCCUUGGAAUAAAGGCGAUUUUCUAUAAUACGUCGCAAUCAGUUUUGCAUUAACGGUUCCACCUCGAUCGGGUAGGAAUUUUAUAGCACGUGAGAACUCUCAAGAAAGCUACAGGUUAUGACCAAAUACCAUCAGGACUUUUGAAAGACGGAGCCACAGCGUUAUCAAGUCCCUUAUCGUUCAUCAUCAACUUGUCGCUAAAAACAGCCACCAUACCAACUUAAUGGAAGUUGGCGAAAGUCAUCCCACUCCACAAGGGUGGGAAAAUGGACGAAAUGUCAAACUAUCGACCGAUCUCCAUCCUACCGGUCAUAUCUAAAAUAAUGGAGAGAGCUGUUUAUGUUCAACUUGUGAACUAUCUUGAAGAAAAUAAAAUUUUAACACCCAACCAAUACGGAUACAGGAAGAAACGAUCUACCGAAUUAGCCACACUCUAUCUGACAGAGGAAAUCAGGAAGGAGAUGGACAAAGGGACCCUUAUCGUUCAUCAUCAACUUGUCGCUAAAAACAGCCACCAUACCAACUGAAUGGAAGUUGGCGAAAGUCAUCCCACUCCACAAGGGUGAGAAAAUGGACGAAAUGUCAAACUAUCGACCGAUCUCCAUCCUACCGGUCAUAUCUAAAAUAAUGGAGAGAGCUGUUUAUGUUCAACUUGUGAACUAUCUUGAAGAAAAUAAAAUUUUAACACCCAACCAAUACGGAUACAGGAAGAAACGAUCUACCGAAUUAGCCACACUCUAUCUGACAGAGGAAAUCAGGAAGGAGAUGGACAAAGGGAAUUUAACAGAGUACUAAACUUUGCGGACGAUACCGUGUUAUACAUUGGACGAAAAACAAGCCAGCAACUUGAGAUCGCUUUCAACGCUGAAUUGAAUUGUAGACAGGUACUUCAUUGAAAACGAACUUGUAUUAAAUCUGAAGGCUGGAAAAACCGAAUCGAUGAUAUUCGGCACUCGCAAAAAUUUAAAUAAAAACGGAUCAACCUUGAACUUGGAAAUCAACGGAAAACUAAUUAACGCAACCACCGAAUAUCGGUAUCUUGGGACUGUUCUCGAUCAGACUUUGUCUUCCAAGCUUCGUUUACUACUCUCAUUGAAAACCAACUUAACGAACAAUGCCAUCACUAAAAUAUAUGUCGGAAUGCUGCUGCCAACGCUUCUUUACUGCUGCACUACAAACCUGAAUCUUACCAACGGCCAGCAAAAUAAGCUUCAAUCGCUUGAUAGAAGAAUUGCGAAGGUGACAGAGAAACGUCAAGUACCAAUUAUGAAUGAAAUAAAGAAACAUGCUGUCAUGCUCGUCAGAAAAUGCUUGGAAAAAGCAGUGUGUAGCAAUUUUGAAGAUUUCUUCGAGAUAAGAUCGCACAGUAGAAACACCCGAAACAACAAUUACUUACUGACAAUACCUAGAGUGAGACUUGAAGUAAAUAGAUCUGGUUUUAAAUUUAUGGGAUCAAAGAUUUAUAAUGACUUGCCAAUCGAAAUUCGAAAAUCGGAUACUUUACCAAGUUUCGUAAGAAAAACUAAAAGUUAUUUUAACCUGUAAUAAAUUAUUUUAUGCCUUAUUGUAAAGCUACUAUUUUCAACUCAUGUUUUUAACUGUUAUAUAAUAAUAAUAUUUUAUAAUUUUAUUUUUCACAGGACAUAUAUUAAGAGCAGUUUUUUAAAAACUGAAUUAUAUCAAUCCUGUAUAAACAUUCAUAAUGAUAAUAAUAAUAAUAAUAAUAAUAAUAAUAAUAUAAUAAUAAUUAGUAUGUCUACGCUGUCGUUGGGUCAUCUAAAGUGUCUGGUCAAGUUUUAUUUUUUUCAUCAUGUAGUAGUUUUAACAUUUAAUCCUUUUAUUGUUGUAUACAUCGAUCGUUUUUUAUGAGUACAUAAAGUUUGUAAUUAUAAAUUUUUCAAAGUUGUAACUUGGUUCGGUGGUCAUUCCUACCUAUUAGGUAUUAUCCUAUCGGAAUGGUCUCCAGUCUAUUAGGACAAAUAAAUAAAUAAAUAAA